UGAACGCUCAUUUCUUAAUGCUAAGUUUUCUUUAUUUCACGACAAUUUCGAGCAAUUCAGUUGAAAGAAUCAUCGGUGGCUCAGAUGUCAAUAUUGAGUCAAUUUCUUAUAUGUUGUCACUGAUGUUGAAUGGUAAAUACGCAGUGUAGUGCUGCUAUAAUAAACAAUAAUUGGGCUGUAACAGCAGCCCAUUGUAUAACAGCAGUUAAUGAUCCUCUUAACGAAAUCACCGUAUGUAGUGGAUCCUCCAUUCUCUAUGAGAAUUGUGUUCUUCAUAAUAUUGUUGAUUUUUCUGUACAUGAAAACUACAAUAGCAUGAUCAAUGAUUAUAAUAUUGCUGUUAUCAAAGUAACAUCUACGUUUACAUACAAUAGUUUUACGAAAGCUGUUGACUUGGCACCAGAUAACGCCGAAAAUGUCUUUACAGAAUGGGGUGCAGUUUGCGGCUGGGGAUAUUAUUUGAUAAUUGAUGAUUAUAUCGAUCCAGUUCUGCCCAAAACUCUGCAGUGUAUCGAAAUACCGCUAAUAGAAAGAGAGUUAUGCUGCGAAGAUUAUAAAGAUAGAUACGUAAUAUCACCACGAAUGUUAUGUUAUGGAUAUCAGGAUGGAACCGAAGAUUCUUGUAAAGGUGAUUCUGGAGCAUCGCUAGUUAACAAGGAUAAUAUUCUCGUUGUAACUUCAUGGGGAGACGAUUGCGCAGAAAUAUAUUCACCCGGCGUAUAUACUAAUGCUAUAUGUAUAUCUUCGACAUUGGAGCUGCUUCCGUUGGACUAG